AUGAUGAAUAUGCUUGCAACAGUACACUAAGGCCAUAUAAAUGGUCAUCUAAUAUAAGUGGAACUACUACUACAACUAAAUUUCAACCAAUGGAUUGACCUGGAGUUGGCUCAGGUACUACUUGUAAUCCAUUCCAAAAUUUUUAAGGUGCAUCAAGCAAUAUUUACGUAUUAUGUAUGUGCAGUUGGUGAUCCAUCCACUCUUACAACAGAGUAAUACUAAAAGCCAACAACACUGUACUCAUAGACUUGGAAUGAAUCAAAAAAUAAUUGUGUUACAUGCAAAGCUUCUACUAGCACUAUCAAUAACGCUACUAAUCAAAAUACCAAUACAGAUAAUAAUAGAUACAUUUGGUAUUGCAAUUAAAAUUUCAACAAAAUCUACUAAUUAUAAAUUCUCAUUCAAUCUUGUUGUUUUUAUUUGUUAAGUUG